CUGAACCGCACAGACUGCAGAGCAGCUCCGCACAUUCACUGCGCACCUGGCGCUGCAUUUGCGCUCAGAAUAAAGAAAAGGAGAGAGUAGGAAUACAAGAGAGGAAGAGGACAAACUUACCUGCGGAUAUAAUGAGGGAACCCUGGAGAAAUGAACCUGAUGGAGAGGAAAACCUGACCGGGAUGUGAACCGAUCCACAGCCUCUGAUCAGCAGUGUUUUCCACCAUGACGCCUCAGAUCACCAUCUCAACUCACCUGCUCCUCCAUCACCUCCUCCCCUUCACCCUCUCUCUCCUCCAGCCUCCCCACCACCAACCCGUGCUCGUGCCCACCCUGGUCCCCCACGCACCGACACCUCUGACCCGCUCGCGCUUCAGCGCCGAGGCCCAGCUGGACUUCACCACCCGCUGCAACUCCAGCUGCUUCCACCGAGCCGAGCAGGAGGAGCAAAUGACGGACAAACUGGCCUUCGAGACGCUGUACGCGGACGGCUUCCGCACCCUGACCACGGUGGAGGUGGAGGAUGAUGAUGCUGCUCUUCAUCCGACUCACGCGCCCGCGUGGAGGAGACGAUUGAAGCGCAGGAUGAAGCGGCAGAUCUACGGGGCGGACGGGCGUUUUAACAUCCAGGGUGACGACUUCCUGAUGGAUUAUCCCUUCUCCACGGCGGUGCGCAUCUCCACCGGAUGCACGGGCGUCCUGGUGUCCCAGCAGCACGUGCUCACCGCGGCCCACUGCGUGCAUGACGGGAAGGAUUACGUUCAUGGAGCCCGGAAGUUGAGGGUGGGCUUCCUGAUUCCUCCGUCCGUAAAUGGCACCAAAGCCGGGUUGAUUCCCAACAAGAAGCCGCUGGUCCGCUGGGUUCGGGUGAAGCGCACCCGGGUGCCGAAGGGCUGGAUCCAGGGCCCGCAUGAGGUCAGCAUGGACUUUGACUACGCCCUUUUGGAGCUGCGGUGGCCCCACCGGCGCCCCUUCAUGCGGCUCUCUGUUGCGCCCUCUUCGGACGACCUGGCAGGGAACCGCAUUCACUUCUCCGGGUUCGACAGCGACCGUCCGGGGGAGCUGGUGUACCGGUUCUGUCCGGUGGAGGAGGAGUCCAGCGACCUGAUCUACCAGCACUGCGACGCGCGGCCCGGGGCCAGCGGCUCCGGGGUCUACGGCCGGGUGUGGGACGACGCGCUGGAGCGCUGGGAGAGGAAGGUGAUCGGGAUUUUCUCUGGACACCAGUGGCUGGAGAUCGACGGAGAGAACCGGGAUUACAACGUGGCUGUCCGCAUUACGCCGCUGAAGUUCGCCCAGAUCUGCUACUGGGUUCAUGGGAACCGACUGGACUGCAGGCAGGACUGAGACAAUACAGGGUCACUUUUAGUUUAGCUGCUGCACAAACCAUCCCUGGGGCGAAGUCAGCAAAGUUACAGAAAAACUUGACAGCAAUACAUUUGUUUUAUUUACCCUGUUAUAAAACUAUUCGAUUAUUCGAAGUUAUAUACUUCGAAUAUCAGUAGCUAGCAAGCUACAUAUUUAGCUUCACAUAUUUAAUUUGUGAGCUAAAUACUUUAAAACACUUAGCUUCCUCAUGUAAGACUUAAAAUUAAUUAUUUGUCUUGCUAACUAAAUACUUUGAAGCUAAAUAUUUAACUUUCUAGCUAAAAAUAUUUAUAAUUGACUUAAAACUAAAUACUUGGCUUGCUAACUAAAUAUGUAGUUAAGCUAAACACUCAGCUUCAAGCUAAGCAUAUAGCUUGGAGAUAAAUAUUUAGUUAACUAAAUAUGUAGCUUGCCAACUAAAGAUUUGACUUCAAACUAAAUAGCUUGCUAACUAAAUGCUUAAUUUACUGCAAACUAUUUUGUGCUGUAACUAAAUACCAAGUUUCAAACCAAGUAUUUGAAUGAAUGAACGAAGAUACUUUACAAAUCUCAGAGGGAAAUUGGCAAAUACGUUUGUAAAUGUGCUGGCUAAAUACUUAGUUUGUAUUUAGCUAGCAGUAAGCUAAAUAUUCAGUGUGCUAAUAUUUAGUUUGAAACUGACAUUUAUUAAUGAAUGAUUAUCAUGGUGAAAACAUUAACCCUUUUUUUCCCCUCUUAGAUCAAAUAACCCAGAUUAUUGCUGUUAAGGUUUGACAAUGUAACUUUACAAACGCACCUUAUAAAAAUCUGAGUGCAACAGAAAUAUUUCCAUGUAGGUCUUUCUUUGCAUCAGGGAAAAAAAAUCUACAUUUGGCUCCAUGUUCCCUCUCCUGUGUUUAAUUGGUAACCUCUGCGCCCGUUAAAUAAAUCUGCCAGUGAGAUCACAGCUCUGAUUUUUGCCUGCGGUCAGAUUUAUGUCAAUGUUUCCACAAUAAUAGCUGAACCUCCCCAAGAAGAAAAAAACACUUUCUCCUGGCGCAGCAGCCGUCCCGCUGUCGAUCACUGUAAUCUACCGAGGAUAAAUUAUAAUCUCCCUUCGACUUUCAUCUGCAUCCCGCUUUGGUGGUUUUGGCAUUUCUCCAUUUAUAACACAGCUCCUCCUGCACGCAUCUGAAGAGCAAAUAAACAAUAAAACUGCUUCCUAUCAUUUUGGCGGACACUUUAGACUUCUCAUAGUUGACUGAAUGUUAGGACAGAAUGUUAAUUUUAUUUUUUCACGAAUGCUUGAGAUAUUUUAAUAAACAGAGUUUUAAUUGUU